UGGGUCUCGGGGGCAGGUACUCCAGGCUGGGAUCCGUGCCGGGGUGCUGGGCGGGACUGCUGGGGUGCCCCUGUUUGCUGCCCCCCCAUGCUGGGGCUCUGGCUGGAGGCUGGCCCGGCUCCAGCCGGGGUGGGAGCUGCCCUGUGGUUAGGAGCCGUCUCUGCAGGGCGGGCGCCCGUCUGCCCGCAACCUGCUUAUUUAUAGUGCCGGGCCUGGAGUUCAGCGCCGCGCUUUUUAUAGAUGGCCUGGUGGCGGGGAGGCCCCGUGGGAGCACGGCGAUGGGGUCAGACCUCCCGGGCGGCCGUGGGAAAUGCCACAGAGGUCUGGUGGCCAGCACGCCCGUGCAGGGGCGGAGAUGCGUGCUGCCUCCCGGGGCUGCUGUUUUUCUGGGGGUUGCUGAGCUCGUCUGAAGCUUCGCUGCCGUGCUGACCAGAUCCAGGUCCAGGCUCUGGGAACCAGCUUUGCUCUCUCGGCGACUGGGCGUGCAGUGGGAGCGCGUGCUGGGCUCCCCACCAGGAGCGGGUGACACCGUCCCAGUCUGGCCUGGGCUCACAGGAGCCGCGUGUGGCUUGAGUGAUGCGUGGAGAGGCCUCGGCUUGCGGUAGCAGCGUUGCGCAGGACAUCUCGGGGCUGGCAAGUCCCUACCUGGGAAUGCCCUUUGUGCCCGGGAGAGCCGGCAGUUCAGGGGAGGUGGUCGGGGAUCUUUGCCUCUGUGCCCACCUGAGCUGGGUAUUUCCAUGCCUGGCCAUAGUCCCCUUCUGUGGGGGGGAGAGCUGCUAAUCUCAGGCACGUGGGGGCUUUCUCGUGACAGGGAAGCUGGCUCUGAUCUGCACGGGUGCAGGGUGGGGGGAGGCUGGAGGAAGCGGAGGGGUUGGUGCCGGACUCGGAGCCGGGUGGGUGAUCUGAUCCCAGGCGCCGCCAGCUGCCCUGUGCUUUCUGCUCCCGGGCAUCGCUCGGCUUUGGGGCUGGGAGGGCUGGGCUGGGCUGCUGAUAUCCCGCAGGGCUGGGGGGAGACGUGCCCGGGACAGGAAAGCUGGUUAACCAUUAGCUCCCGAUGCACUGGGGGGGCUCUUCCAAGCCAUUUGUGUUCAAGGAAACCAUCUGUUCAGCCCUGUCAGCUUCCGCACCUGAUUUACUGCCCCGGCCCCGCGGUGCCCCGGCCCCGGGCUCGGCCCCUCCUUUGUUCUCAGCCGCCCUCGCUGGGUGAUCAAUUAGAGCGUGAUGAGGCUCAUUUUGCCCAGGGGUCUCUUAAGCCCGUGGGGUCAUGAUGCCAGUGGUGACCUCGACUUGUACCUACCGUGAGGAGCUGAGCUGUCGGGACUCAGGCUCCAUGCCCCGAGAGGACCUUGCCAGCUGCAGGCAGGGGUGGAGAUCUGGUUAAGGGGCUCUGCCAGCCCGUGGACACGGGUGCCAGCGUGCUUCCCUGCCCCGGCUGGACUCGGAGACUGCUUAGAUCCGGCUGGUGGACGACAAGCUGUGCCGGCACCUUGUGAGGAAGGCAGUGGGACUUACGGUGGGCUCUGGGCUCCUGCCAUGGUGCCCUGAGCCUGCCCUGCUGCCAGCUGCCCCUUGUCGGGGCACGUGUCCCCGAGAGCCAAGGGGCCCGGUGCCAUGAGGCCGGUAUCGCCAGCCAGCGGGUUUUCCCCGCUGGGGCUGCUGACGCGGGGGCCAGAGUACCUGCGCCGGCAGGUGGAAGGGGACCGGGGCGCCCGCUCUCCCAGCGCUGUGGAGAGGCUGGAGGCCGACAAAGCCAAGUACGUCAAAACCCAGCAGGUCAUUGAGAGCCGGCAGGAGCCCGUGCUGUGCAGCAGCACCCCCCGGCCAUCCCCUCGCCCCCGGCGCCUCCUCAUCUCGCACCAGUGCAACGAGCUGAGCGUGGAGCUGAGCUGGGACAGCCCCUGCCGCCCAGCGCCCCCGCAGUCCCCCGUGGCACGGCGUGGCGGCAGCAAGCGUGGGCUGAGGCCCGACUCGCUCGUCAUCUACCGGCAGAAGCGAGACUGCACGGCGGGGAACAAGGAGAACGCCAAGGGCUAUGGCCUGGUGCGGUGGCUGCUCCAGGGGCCCCUGAGGGACAAGUCCCCCACAUCCCCCUCCUCUGGAGGCCUGGAAGAGGAGCCUCUGACCCUGGAGAGAGAAGAGACGGCCAUGGCCUGGGUGCCCCUGGAGAAGGAGGUGGCUGGAGGGCAGAGCCCAGGAGGCAGCCUCUUUGCUCCUGGCACCAGCCCCAUGGAGCAGGCGUCACCCAGCGCCCAGAGACACCUGUGCAGCUCCAGCCCCAUGGAGCCGGCCUCAGCCCGUGCCCAGAGACCCCUGCCCAGCCCUGGCCUGGGACAGCCCCUGCCGGGGGCCAAGCCGGCGCUGGCCCUGCGCUGCUCCCUCCCACUCUCGGAAAAGGAGCGGUUCUUCAACUACUGCGGCUUGGACCGGGACCUGGUGGAGGGCCUGGGGGCAGAGCGCUUCGGGGCGGCGGGCUGGGACGUGGCCUCCUCCCUGCACCCGGGCAGCCGGGGCUCAGCUGGCUCGGGGUCCCAGGGCGCCCCGUCCCAGGGCAGCGGGGACGAGCCGGGCAUGCGGCUCUGCUCCGCCAUCUCCAUCGUGGAGCGCAACGCCCGGGUGAUCAAGUGGCUCUACGGCUGCCAGAGGGCCUGGGCGGCCGGCCGGGAGUCCACCGUGUGAGCGCGGAGAUGGGCCAGGGCCCCGGCUGGGUCUGUGCCCAGGACAUUGGGCUGUGGACUUGUGGCAGGAUGGACUUGGGGAGGGGGAGAUGUGAGCUGGUUCCUCCCUGCUGCCCUCCCCGGCACCGCGGGGUGUAGCGUCCCCGGCAGGGGCGACCCGCUGGCCCACAUUGGGUUAUAGAGGCGAGAUGGGACCCAGGCGUCUCCGUGGCUGGUCCCAGCCGAAACCCCCUAGUUUCCCCUGACUGCCGCAGGCUGAGGUGCAGCCCUUGGAUCUUCCCUGGAGCUGAGCUCUGCCCAGGCCUGGGGCUGGCAGGAGUUGGGGCCUCGUCCGUGGGUUCAGCGGGCACGAUGCUGCCCCUUGAGAGCCGGCUCCGUCAGCUGCCACCUCCCUCCCAGGCUUUUCUCUGUGUUUUCUGGAUCAGGAAUAAAACCAGAUGCACCUGGA